GUCCGGCCCGCUGUGCCUCUUGAUCAUGGACGGCGACCUGCUCGACAUUGGCAGGCAAUGCUCGCUGUCAUCCUGCAGCCAAGUCGAUUUUCUUCCUAUCAAGUGUCGUUGCGACCUUUUCUUCUGCAAGGAGCACAUUAUUCCUGAUGCUCACGGCUGUCGUCUCGCCGCUACUACACGCGCCGUCAAUGAUAGCACUCUACCCAAAUUUCAGCGAUGCGCAGUACCUGAUUGCUCCAAGCCUAGUCUCGACGCAUUUUCUGGGCAAGGAUCUGCUGCAUGUCCUCGGUGCAGCCAGUCAUUCUGUGCUGACCACCGGUAUCCUGAGGCUCACUCGUGUUCCUCUGCAUCCAGCUCUGAGUCUACCUCCCGCAAUGCUGCUGCUGAGGCUCUGAUAGCCAAGCAUUUUCCCGCGACGUCCAAAGCUUCGUCGCGCCGCACUCCCAAAAUUCCCACUGACCCCGUCAAACUCGCUCAAUAUCAGAAGGUAGAACUUAUGAAAAUGAGACACAGAGCUAUUCCAGCGGAUCCCAAGGAUAAGCCGACGUCCGUACCCAUUGGCGACCGUCUGCACAUAAAGCUGCAAGUAUAUGACAGUGACCAAGAAAAGAUAUUCUGGCUUCGAAAGUCUAUCGUGACCGGGAAAGCGCUAGAUUUGCUAGCUACUCAAAUGAAAAUAUCUACUUCUGUCACGAAGCCUCUUCAACUGUCGGAUACACGGGAUGGCCAUAUCCUUGUCAACAGUGAACCUCUCGCCGCUCAGGUCGAGGAUGGCAGCAGCAUUCUUAUAGGACCAAGAUGA